AGAUCAGAUCACCCAAGUUGACUGUUCUUGUGGGUUGACAUUGAGCUGCAGUGAUUGGUAACUUGUCAGAACAAGUUUGGUUUGGGUGAGCUGUUUCAUUUCAUUAUUUCUGGCUGCCCUUUUGUUUUCCUCUCUAUUCUUCAUCUCAGUCUUGUAUUUUCAUUAUCUUCUUAUUACCCCGGUGUAAUUUCUCGUCAUUUAUUGGAAUAUAGUUUCUGGGUUCCAGUUGUAUUGGGUUCUUCGCAUGCUAGGCCGGUAAGGGCGGGAUGAGACUUGAUGAUUCGAUGAGUUGUUGUAUGUAUAGGUAAUUCUGGUGCAUUGGUAAUUUGUCUGAUCCUCAAAGAAUCUGAAAUUUUCCUGGAUUUGGAGAGAGAGAGAUGAAGGAUUUUCCUGGAACACCUGGGACUUGGACUGGGCUUAUUCUUAGGAUUUCCCAGUGCAUGUUUGCAGCUGGUUCGAUUGCUUCCAUGGCAACUACUUCCAGCUUCUUCAGUGUCACAGCUUUUUGCUACUUGAUCGCAUCAAUGGGUUUGCAAGUCAUUUGGAGCUUUGGGCUUGCUUUCUUAGAUGCAUAUGCCUUGGUGAAAAAGAAGGUCCUCCACAAUCCUGUUUUGGUCAGCCUCUUUGUAGUUGGAGACUGGGUUACAGCAACAUUGUCCCUUGCAGCCGCCUCUGCAUCUGCCGGCAUCACAGUCUUGUACUAUAGCGAUUUUGGAGACUGUGAUUUCGGGAAGGAAUGCCAAAAAUACCAGAUUUCAGUUGCAUUGGCCUUCCUGAGUUGGAUAAUGAUUGCAACCUCUUCCCUAAUCAUGUUUUGGCUUUUAGCUGCAGGUUAAACCUUCCUUUAUUGGGAUAUUCUAUUUGCUGUCUUGAAACGCAUCUGUCAUAAAAAUUUAGAUCAUUUAUAUACUGUGAAUAGAAAAAAAGUAUAGCAUUCCAAUACUCGAAACAUUCUUUUU